GGGUCGCUCCGGACCUUGGCCAGGGGCUGCUCCCCCCCUCCCCGCCCCCGGCCGCUGCCCGUGCGCUAACGCCGCCCCCGCCGCCUCCCAGGGCAACGCAGGGACGCGUGGCCCGCCCGGCAUGGCGGCCAAGGCGAAGGGGAAGGAGAGCAGGCAGGAAGAAGGUCAAGAACAAGAUACUGUAGCUAGAGAGAUUAUGACAUGGAAGUUUCUUUCUCUUCCCCAAAUUAGUGCUUUGUCAGAACAAAAUAUAGAAGGGGUUCAAAAAAAACUGGAAGAGUUUCUGAAUUUCAGACAAAUUAAGACAUCUUUGAAGGAAGCUGUUUUACUAGAUUAUUAUGUGUCGGGAUUUUGGUGGGCUAAAGAGAUGGACUUCACUCAUCUACAACUCUCAGGAUUCAUGGCCAUCUUAAACUUUCUGUUGGAGAACCUUAGCACCAAACAUAUUACGCUAGAAGACAACAUAAAAGAACUUGGGAGAGCAAUGGCUGGAAUAGGGGAGUCUCAUUCAGAAAAAGGUGGUGGCUUGGAUUUCUUCAGUGUUGAUCAAGCCAAGGCUAUAAUCAGUUACUUGAAGAUCAGUUUAUUUCAACACUAUAAACUAUAUGAAUAUCUUUUCCACAAUCCCAGGGAAGAACUUGUAAUAGGCGAUGAGGUAUCACUUCAGCCAAAACAUCAAAGCAAAUUGAAGAAAGUACAUUCAGUAGUUUUACUGUACUACUAUGAUUGUUUAAAGCUAGGAGGUUGCACACUUUGUAGCUUGUGUAAGCCGAGCUUCUUGUACAUUCUGCGUAUCCUUGCAUUCCUCCAUUCUCCACCACAGACACCCUGUUUGCCACCCCUUGUUUUUCAAGUACUCCCUACAACCUGCUAACCUCCUCUCUGCUAGGGUCUCUGUAUGCCCCCCAUCCAGGGUCUCCCAUACCAGGGUCUCCUCUUCUCCCCCAUACCAGCAGCUCCUUAUACACACUCAUCCCACCUUCCCCCAGGCCCUCCAUUCCCUUCCAUGGCAGGAUCUGUGUGUGCGCCUCUACCCCUCUUCCCUCCCAGGUAGGGGCUCUGUGUGCCCCCCCUUCCCUGUUGUCAGAUUCCUCCAAUCUCUCCUCAUCAGGAGGUUCUAUGUUCCCCCUCCAUCAUGGCGGGGGAUCUGUAUGCAUCUCAUUCUGCUUUUUCCCAUCCUUCCCUCCUUCUUCCCAUAUCAGGAUAUCCCAAUCUCUCCCCCACCAGAGGUACUGUGUGCCCCACAUUCCCUCCUUCCCUGCCAUGCCUGGGGUUCUGUGCUCCCCCCUGCCUCCAUCACUGUGGUCCCCAUUCUCUGUCUCCCAUACCAAGGGUUCUUUGUGCCCCCUUCCUCCUAUUCUAGGGUUUCCCAUUCUCCCUCACCCCCAUGCUGGGGCUGUGUGCACACACUCCUUUUCCCCUUCUUACCAUUUCCUCUUCUCUGUCCCUCCCUCCCCCCGCCGAUUAUUAUUUUUUCUGUCUGAGAGAGAAAUCAUUCAAUGUGUCAGCAUGUUAACCUCUAUUGGAAAGAGAAGCAGUGAUUGUUAUAAGGGUAGUGUUAUGCUGGAAGGUGUUAAUGGCUGACAUCAACUGGUUAAUUGAUUUAUAUAUAAUUACACAGGUGCUUGAGGCUAUGGCUGUGUUAAAGAGGUAGGAGGAGUUUCAUGUGUCCACUGUCACCCUUUCAAUUUUCUAACUUUUCUCCAAAUCAGUAUGGGUUCCGGCCAUUGAUGCCUAAAAUAUUCCCUGAAAUUUUGGAAUUGAUCAAAUGCGGCAUUUACAAGUUAUUGAGUUACUGACAGAGAAGUAGUGUUGAGUUUAGUGUAAGCACGUCACAAGCUUGGCAGUACUUAAUUAACCAGGAGACCUUUCCAAUGGUGAAGCUAAGUAGCUCGAGGUAAAGUGAUUGGAUAUGAAUUUUGUUUGCUUCUCUAGUGUUUCUGAAUGGGUUACUUUGUGUCCUUCGGCAUUCUUAAUGGCUUUUUUGACUAGUUCUAUAAUUAAAUAGAGCUGCGCGGGGGACAGUAAUUAUCUUUUUGCGGAGGUGCUCCACCCACCACUAAUUAUUUUUCAUACACUAGUCAAGUAAAACAACAAAAAUGCCCCCAAAAUACAGUGACCCAUUCAGGAAGAGGUGGGAAACGCAGCUUCCAGGUUCUUGGCUCCCCACUAGCCUGCCUGCUGAAGAGGCAAGCAGAUGAGCUAUGAGGCAACCAGACAGGUUUCAAAAUCUGCCUGGUUUCGAGCAGAAUGUCAUGAAAAUAGAACCAUUUCUGUGAAACAUUUCACUUUGGAUGAAUCAGCAAAUUCUGACAAAAAUGUUUUGUCAAAAUUUUUCCAACCAGCUCUUAAAAAAAUAAAAAAGUAAAAUUGGAAAUAGUGAGGAAUCUGUCAAAAAGACCAGAAACAUCUUAUUUGAAUCUAGACUGACAUCAGUAUUUAGUUAAAAUGCCUCAGCAAGGACAGCGUGGAUGAACAAAUUGUUCAAGGGGAUAUAGUCGUUCACAUUUAGGUCACCAGUUCAAAUUCAGCCCAAGUUGUUUAGUGAUUGACAGUUGAUACCAUCUGCUUGCUAUUUGGCAUCCAGUGUGAUAUCAUUUGGUGGUUACAGUCCAGUCUGCAAGGCCAAGUGUGCACAUUGCAGAUAUCACCACCACAGUUGUUGCUAAUUGGCAAUUAUACCUAGGCAAUUAUUGCACACAAAGAUUCAUGAACAUUUGUUGUAAUGGAAGUCAUGAAUUUGUGUAGCAGCUUUUGUGACUCCCAUUUACUUGCUUUUCAUGCGAAUUUGUGCAACAAACGUGUUCACAAAAAUAUUUCUGGAACAGGAAAGUGUUGUGGUUACUCAUGCAAAUGCAUCUUCACAUGUGAAUAUCCAUAUGACAUGUUUACACAGCCAUCUUGAAAUCUCAUUGUGAGUUUGUUGUGAAUAGAGACCUUCUUCACUAAGACAAUAUUGUUUUUUAACGAUAAAUGGUUUUUAGCCUGUGCAUAUAUUUUCAUCUCUAACAACCUUUAUCCAUUUAGCUAUGAAGAAGAGUUAACAGAUUCUUCAUAUUUACAGUAAUAAUAAGAUCUCAGUAAUAAAGAUAGGGUAGCAAAAACUCUUAAAAUGCUCCAGAAAGUUCAGUGUGUCCUCUAAAUUUCACCUUAAUAUUUAUAUGUGGUUAUAUGUGGUCAUAUGUUACAAUGGAGAAUAUCUCUACCUAACAUUGGAUCUACAAUUUUUAAGCAUUUAAUUGAUAUAUAUCUCUUGUUUGUAACCUCAUCAAAACUCAUAACAUGAUUUAAAUAGUUAUCAUACUUGAAUUUUGUAUGGUGUGUUCAGUUGAUAUGUGCAGUAACUUGUAUUUAUACAUAAACCUGAGCAAUGAAAAUAGUUUAAAUUUCAAUAAAAAGAUAAUAAAUAUAA